AUGACUGAAACGUCUGGCAAUUUGUCUGCCUCUCGUGACUUUGGAACUUCCUCCCAGGAUUCUCUUCUGUCUGUCAUCCCCGAAGAUGAAAACGAUUCCGAAACUGCAGAAGUCCUUCAUCUUGAAGACUCUCAGCAGGCUAUUGAUAUUCAGGAUCUGAAAAACUCACAGGAAUCUUCUGACAUUGUUGAAGUGAAAGGCUCAGAAGCUAUUGAAAUUCUUGAUCUUACAGAGUCGCAGGAAGAUAUUGACAUUCUGAUGAAAGAUUCACAGGGAUCUGUUGAUAUUCUUGAAGUGAAAGGCUCAUCUGUUGAAAUUCUUGAUCUCCAAGAUUCCCAGGAAUCUGUUGACAUUCUUGAUGGGGAAGACUCACACGAAACUGUUGCUGAGGCACAGAAUGUGUCAUAUGAGAACGAGUCAGCAGUUCAAGAGAACUUUAAUCACCAAACAAUCCCUGAGGAAACACUCGACAGCAAAAGGACUCAGUCGGCAGCCAUUGAGAGUUGCACAAAUUCCCUUCAGUUAUCCAGAGAUUGUACCCAUGAAGAGGAAGCCGUCGAUAGUCCAACAGACACAAAUACUUCAUCCACGACAAUUGCAGAAGAGUCUGCAGAAGCUAUCGAAUCCUUGAAAGGAACAAGGAGGAUUCAGAGAGAUUCGCCAGAAGAACUCUUGCUCAUCACCAAAAGAGGAAACUUCUUCCAAGACUCAUUCUUCCUCGACGCUCACCGAGACUUCAGUGCCGCUCUCAGGCAGGUGUUGGGCAGGUGCAAUCAAGUCAACUUUGAGGACGACACUGACCUCCGUCACACCGAUAUCCUGGAACGCUACAGGCAGCUUCGGUCUCGCGAUCUGAGGGAAGAGAAUCAGGCCGCUAUCGUCACAUCAGACAAGUCUUGUAUGAAGAUAAUUAUGGACGUUCAUGAUUUCAUGAGUGGAGAUGUACAAGCGAAGGUCGUUGAUGAGAAGGAGUUGGUCAUCGAGGGACUUGUGGUGAAGAAGGAAGAAGGAACCUCAUCCGAAACCUCUCACUCCUUCAGACGCCGCUUCUCUCUUCCACAGUUUACUAAAAUCACUUCUGUCAUGUCUUUAGAUGGCAUCCUCACAGUCACUGUGAUGUUUAAGGAAGGAAAUGUCGAGGCAAAUACUGCUGAAAACUCCAUUAAAACUGAAGCAAAACGCAUCACAAAAGAAAUCAUUCACUCGAAAUCACCUUCACUUCCUGCUGAAAAACGUCUGCUUGAGACCAAGAAUGAAAACCAAAAUGGACUGAACGAGUAUAUGACGUCUCAGUCCGAGGAAACUCGUCAUUUCCUCGAGAUUUCACGUCGGGAACAGAGACGCCUUAUCUUGAUUGCAGUUUCGAGGACAGCAAUAGACUGAGACGCUUUGGACAAGAAAGUGGCAGGGAGUCUCAAGAAACUAAUAA